GAAUGUAACCUAAAACACGUUUUUAAAAACAUCAGAGUAAUAAAAAAAAACAAUCUUACUAUUUUUAGCUUUAAUUAUAGUAUGAUUAGUUAUUAUUACAAUAAUUAGUAGCAGUAUUAACUAUAUUUUUUUUAUCUAAUAAUGAUUAACUUAUAUUUAACAAAUAGAGAAAUACUUUUAUACGAUGUGGACGAUUGGGCAGUUUUGAGAAAAAAUUAUAGAAUUAUAGGAGAAAUAGUAGGAGAUUCUUUACAUACACCAUCUCUACCAGUUAAAAUUCUCCCAGAAGAAGCUUGCUUACUCUUGUCUAAGAAUAUUGUUAAUGUACUAGAAGCUUCUGAAGAAAUAAUCAAAACUAAAAACGAUCAAAAUCGAUUAGACGAGUAUGAAACAACAUUAUUAUCAGCUCAAAUAGUUGAAUAUCAAGAAACCCGAAAAGUCCAAAUCGAAAAAAUAGUUGAUAGAAUUAUGGCUAAACCAAAUGAAAACCGAAGUAGGGAAGAAAUUAUAGAAGAUCAACUAAAAAGAACACCUUCAGUAACAAAAGAAAAUAUGAUUUGGCCCGUUCAAUUGUGUACAUCUAAUACAACAAAUAAAAAAACAGUUACAAUAAGCGAUAUUUUAAAAAUUACAAGUAAAUUAAAAAGUGAAAUUUAUUCAGAUUUGUGGGAAAGGGGUUAUUAUAUUACACAAGGACAUAAGUUUGGUGGAGAUUUUCUAGUGUAUAAUGGAGAACCUAUUUGCCAUCACGCGGUUUUUAUAAUUAAAUGUGUCGAAUGUGAGGAAAAUAUUUCUCCAUUAGAAGUAAUCGCAUUCGGUAGGUUAGGAACUUCAGUGAAAAAAAGAGCUGUAUUAGCGUCACUAACAGAUUCCAAAGUGUCUUAUAUUACAAUUAACUGGAUCGAUUCAUAAUACAAUAUAUUAUUUAAUUCUUAAGGACAAAACAAAAACAUUUACUCAUAAUAAUUAUAAUCUUGUUUAAUACAAUAUUCGACAUGUUAUCAAUAAGAAAUGAGGACAAUAAAUCAAAUAUAGAUUAUUCCGACUACAGUAGGUACAUACUUAGCAUUAAAUGUCUAGCUAACAUUGAGUAGUUGGCGGCCGUAGUGAACAUUCUAAUUAUUUGUCAUUAUGGAGCAAGUCUCAAAUAGUGUAAAGCCAACUUAUAGCUCUUUAAGAAGAAGUCUUCCUCAAAUUAUAGCUGUGUGUAUUAAGAAUUGCCUCUUAUUCGUCCACGGGAUGAGUUUGGGGUUUCCAACUAUUUUAAUUCCAGGUGUUUCUGGACGUGAUUUAUCAGAACGCGUUUUAUUGAACGAAGAAGAAAUAUCGUGGAUAAGCUCUUUGAAUCUAAUUUGCAUUCCUUUGGGAUGUCUGCUGUCGGGGUCAGUUACUCAAGCCGUUGGAAGAAAACGAGCGAUGCAGUUUAUCAAUAUUCCUUUCAUUACAGCAUGGAUUAUUUUAACUUUUUCUACCACCGUAUGGCAGAUAUUUUUAGCUCUUUGUAUAUUAGGAUUUAGUGGAGGUUUAAUGGAAGCUCCGGUAUUGACUUACGUGGCUGAAAUAACCCAGCCACAUUUACGAGGCAUCCUAUCCUCCACCAGUACAAUGUCAGUAACAUUAGGAAUGUUGAGUCAAUUUAUACUAGGAACAUGUACUAGUUGGCGUACCGUGACGCUAAUCAAUUGCAUAGUACCGAUUUUAUCUUUUAUUUCACUAACUUUCGUACCGGAAACUCCGGUAUGGCUUUUGUCUAAAAACAGAUCAGAAGAAGCGAAAAGAAGUAUCGCUUGGUUGAGAGGGUGGACCUCCGUAGACGACAUCCAAGACGAAUUCCAAGAACUCAGUAAACAAAUCCAUUUGAAUCAAGAUAAUGUGAACAGCAGAAUCGAAAAAUUGAGUGUAUUUACGAAAAGGAUUUUCCUAUAUCCUUGUCUACUUAUUUCUUUCGUUUUCGUGUUGAAUACUUUCAACGGUUACGGUCCUUUUCAAGUUUACGCUAUCAAAAUUUUCGACGCGAUGCAAGUUUCUUUGGAUUCUUAUCGUUCGACGAUUAUUGUCGGUGCUAUGCAACUAGUCGGUACCGUGGUUUGUGUUACGUCUAUCAGUUUCCUUGGGAAACGGAAACUCAAUUUUUUCUCUGUGUUUUUAUCGGGAAUUUGUUGUUUUUCCGUCGCCACUUACGCUUAUUUUAAUAAUAUCAAUUAUUUCGAUGAAACCAACACUUCGGAAGUUAAUCCCUAUAAUUGGAUACCGACUCUAUUUCUCAUAUUAUUCGGUUUUUUUUCUUAUCUAGGGAUAAGAGUUUUGCCUUUUAUUCUUAUCGGGGAAAUAUUCGCGGUGGAAAUUCGAGCGUUUUCCUCCGGAUUUUCCGCUGGUUUGGGAUACGUUAUUGGAUUCGUAGCCAAUAAAACUUUUUUAACCAUGGUUGGUACGUUCGGUUUACCGGCUGUUUUUUGGUUUUAUUCUGCAGUGGGGAUUUUGGGUACGUUAGGUUUGUAUUUUGCACUUCCGGAAACCGAAGGGAAAAGUUUGUAUGAAAUUAGCGAACAUUUCGCCGGUAGAUCUCGACUUAGGAAUAGCGUUAGAAGGAAAAGUGAAAAAUCUUCACGAAUCGAAGAUGGAAUUCAUAAUAUAGCUUUUGAAACUGACGAUAAAAUCGAAAGUAGGUUAUGAGGAAGGUUUUUUUUUUUUUUAAUUUGAUGUAAAUAACCGUCGAAUUGUGUAAAUACAUUUUUUUAAUGUUCCUUUACUUAUUUCUCUCCCUAUAUCUACUUUUUUCAUUUUAUUCAACCAUAGGACACUUAUAAAGGUCUUUAGUUGAUCACCGAAAAAGUGAAUUAAUUUUAUGUAAAAAUUUAUUUAUUUUCUUAAUAAAUGUUCUUUAAAAAUAAA